UGUUGCUUCAGCCAGGCUGCGGAGCGGACGGACGCGCCUGAUGCCCCGGGGAGGGGCGCCACCAGGGCAAGAGGAGGAGGAAGAGAGGAAGAGACGCCCUCUCUGCCCGAGACCUCUUGAGACUGACCUCAGGGGGAUAGGGGACUGACAAGAGAGGGGAGCCACGUUCCUACACUUGGGCUGCCUGAAGAGGCCUUAAUCCUGGAGUGCCCUGAGCCCACCGCACCAGGGGCCCCAGCACAACCUCGGGGGGCCUAAAGCGACAGUCUUUAGGGACCACUGCCAGGUUUCCAGUUGCCUAAACAACGAGCCCCGGGUCAGAGCAACAACCUUUCCAGCCACCUGCCUGGACUGCUGCUUCAGGCACCAGUCCCAGUCCCCUGCUUGCCAGCCCAGGUGACAUGCCGGUGCUUUCCACCCCUCGAUCCUCACGGGUCACCACGCUGAAGCGCACAGCCGUGGUCCUGGCUCUCACGGCCUAUGGAGUCCACAAAAUCUACCCCCUGGUGCGGCAAUGCCUGGCUCCGGCCAGGGUCACCCAGGGGCCAACCAGGGAGCCAACGCAAGAGGUCUCCGGGUCCACAGUGGCCAAGGCCGGCAUGAACCGGGUAUUCCUGCAACGACUCCUGUGGCUCCUGCGGCUGCUGUUCCCCCGGGUGGUGUGCCGGGAGACGGGGCUGCUUGCACUGCACUCAGCUGCCCUGGUGAGCAGGACUUUCCUGUCUGUAUAUGUGGCCCGCCUGGACGGAAGGCUGGCCCGCUGCAUCGUGCGCAAGGACCCACAGGCCUUUGGCUGGCAGCUGCUGCAGUGGCUCCUCAUCGCCCUCCCUGCCACCUUCAUCAACAGUGCCAUCCGCUACCUAGAGGGCCAGCUGGCCCUGUCUUUCCGCAGCCGUCUGGUGGCCCAUGCCUACAGCCUCUACUUCUCUCAACAGACCUACUACAGAGUCAGCAACAUGGACGGGCGGCUUCGAAACCCUGAUCACUCCCUGACGGAGGACGUGGUGGCCUUUGCUGCCUCAGUGGCCCACCUCUACUCCAACCUAACCAAGCCGCUCCUGGAUGUGGCUGUGACUUCCUACACCCUGCUACGAGCGGCCCGCUCCCGUGGGGCUGGCACAGCCUGGCCCUCAGCUAUUGCUGGCCUCGUGGUGUUCCUCACUGCCAAUGUGUUACGGGCCUGUUCUCCCAAGUUUGGAGAACUAGUGGCAGAGGAGGCGCGGCGGAAGGGGGAGCUACGCUACAUGCACUCUCGUGUGGUGGCCAACUCGGAGGAGAUCGCCUUCUAUGGGGGCCACAAGGUAGAGCUGGCCCUGCUGCAGCACUCCUACCAGGACCUGGCCUCACAGAUCAACCUCAUCCUUCUGGAACGCCUGUGGUAUGUCAUGCUGGAACAAUUCCUCAUGAAGUAUGUGUGGAGUGCCUCAGGGCUGCUCAUGGUGGCCGUCCCCAUCAUCACUGCCACUGGCUACUCAGAGUCAGACUCAGAGGCCACGAAGAAAGCAGCCUUGGAGAAGAGAGAGGAGGAGCUGGUGAGUGAGCGCACCGAGGCCUUCACCAUUGCCCGCAACCUGCUCACAGCAGCUGCAGAUGCCAUUGAGCGGAUCAUGUCAUCGUACAAGGAGGUGACAGAACUGGCUGGCUACACAGCCCGGGUUCAUGAGAUGUUCCAGGUGUUUGAAGAUGUCCAACACUGUCAUUUUAAGAGGCCUGGGGAGCUGGAGGAUGCUCAGCCAGGGUCCGGGGCCAUGGUGCGGUCUGGUGUCCACAUGGAAGGACCCCUGAAGAUUCAAGGUCAGGUUGUAGACGUGGAGCAGGGAAUCAUCUGUGAGAACAUCCCCAUCAUCACACCCACAGGAGAGGUGGUGGUGGCCAGCCUCAACAUGAGGGUGGAAGAGGGCAUGCACCUGCUCAUCACUGGCCCCAAUGGCUGCGGCAAGAGCUCUCUGUUCCGGGUCCUGGGCGGGCUCUGGCCUACGUAUGGAGGCGUGCUCUACAAGCCCCCACCCCAGCGCAUGUUCUACAUCCCCCAGAGGCCCUACAUGUCCGUGGGCUCCCUACGUGACCAGGUUAUCUACCCAGACUCGGUAGAGGACAUGCGCAGAAAGGGCUACUCUGAGCGGCACCUGGAGGCCAUCCUGGACAUUGUGCACCUGCACCACAUUCUGCAGCGAGAAGGAGGUUGGGAAGCCAUGUGUGAUUGGAAGGACGUCCUCUCAGGGGGUGAGAAGCAGAGAAUUGGCAUGGCCCGCAUGUUCUACCACAGGCCCAAAUAUGCCCUGUUGGAUGAGUGUACCAGCGCCGUGAGCAUCGACGUGGAAGGCAAGAUCUUCCAGGCAGCCAAGGAUGCUGGCAUUGCCCUCCUCUCCAUCACCCACCGGCCCUCACUGUGGAAGUACCACACACACUUGCUGCAGUUCGAUGGGCAGGGCGGCUGGAAGUUUGAGAAGCUGGACUCAGCCGCACGCCUGAGCCUGACAGAGGAGAAGCAGCGGCUAGAGCAGCAGCUGGCAGGGAUCCCCAAGAUACAGCAGCGCCUCCAGGAGCUCCGGCAGAUCCUAGGCGAGGCUGUGGCCCCGGGGCAGCCUCCGGUGCUGAGGCCCCAAGGCCCAGGUAGUGGCCUUCAGGGUGCUUCCUCCUGACAGAGGGCCCUGCAGUCAGCCCUCAGCCCUUGGCCCUCCCAGUCUCCCAGAACACAUGAAGGAAAGAGCAGCGCCUGUCUUGCCAGUCCCUGCAUGCCCUGCCCUCACCUUGGGGCUGAACCACGAUAACUAUGCCCUUUCAAGGCAGCGAGUCCUUUACUUUUCUCUGGGGAAGGAGCUUGGGGCUAAGAGUGGCCUCACACUGACCCCAUGCCAGUGCAGCUGAGUGCUAGGGAGUAAGCAAGGACCCCCGGGGCCACCGCUCACCACCACCAGCUAGAGUCUAUGCUGAGCCACCUCCCAACUAAGACUUACAUCCCCACUUUUCCCUCCUCUUCAGUCCCUCCAAGACUAUAUGGCCUAUCCCCUCAGGAUGGCCAGCUUAGGCUCCUGUCCCAGGGGAUGCCCUUCCUAGAAGCAACCAGAUGGUACACCCAGUGAGACGGAACCCCUUGUCUGUAUCCUCUUCUCCUGCCAGUAGUCCCAAAACACCCUCACAAAGAAGGACACGGCAUCCCCCACUGAAGGCUCUAACAGCCCCAGCCCUCUCCCUGUCUGCAGCCUAAUUUAUUGGAUUCCUGUUGUAGCCAUCUCGAUUGCCAAUGUGAGUUCCUGCCAGCAGGGGAGGCACCCCGGCUUCUGAGUCCCAGAGCUUUGGCUUCCACCAACGCCAAACCCAACCCCUGGGCAGCCAGUCACCCCACCAGCCUACACUGCCAGCCACCACUGGGAGGCACGGGCCUCUGCUUGCCAGCCGGGAGCAAGAGGGAUGUUCCCAGCUCAGUGCCAAAGAGGGGUCAGCCGGGCAACUGUCUCUGCAGAGCCAGCCCCGACUGGGAGGGAGACCCCACUGCCACCGUGUGCCUUUCCCGGGCCCUCAGCCCCCUCAGUAAAACCUUGCGUGGAAAAUGCAA